AAAUUGUGACGUCAUUCCACCAGUCUCAUCAGCCAUCUCGUAAAUUUAUCAAAGAUGGCGGAGAAGGGGCAAUCGUCUACUCAAGGCGGACAACCUCUGGUUAAAAUUGGACAUUACAUUUUAGGCGAAACGUUAGGAGUAGGCACAUUCGGGAAAGUUAAAACUGCACGUCAUCAACUUACUGGUCACAAAGUGGCAGUCAAAAUUUUAAACAGACAGAAAAUAAAGAAUCUUGAUGUCGUUGGCAAAAUAAGGAGAGAAAUACAAAAUCUGAAGCUGUUCAGGCAUCCUCAUAUUAUAAAAUUAUAUCAAGUUAUUAGUACUCCAACAGAUAUAUUCAUGAUUAUGGAGUAUGUUUCUGGAGGGGAACUUUUUGAUUAUAUUGUUAAACAUGGCAAGCUGAAAGAAGCAGAAGCACGGCGUUUCUUCCAACAAAUAAUUUCUGGUGUUGAUUAUUGCCACAGACAUAUGGUUGUGCAUAGAGAUUUGAAGCCUGAAAAUUUACUUCUGGAUCAAAACUUAAAUGUUAAAAUUGCUGAUUUUGGUUUAUCUAAUAUGAUGAUGGACGGAGAAUUUUUAAGAACAAGUUGUGGUUCUCCUAAUUAUGCAGCUCCUGAAGUUAUUUCUGGAAAACUAUAUGCUGGUCCAGAAGUAGAUAUUUGGAGUUGUGGUGUGAUUUUAUAUGCUCUUCUUUGUGGAACUUUGCCAUUUGAUGACGAACAUGUUCCAACACUCUUCAGAAAAAUUAAGUCUGGAAUAUUUCCUCUUCCUGAUUAUUUAAAUAAAUCAGUUGUAAACCUUUUGGUUCACAUGUUGCAAGUCGAUCCAAUGAAAAGAGCAACUAUGGAAGACAUUAAGAACCACGACUGGUUUAAAAAGGACUUGUCAGCCUAUUUGUUUCCUUCUCCCAAUGAUGCUGACGCUUCCAUCAUAGAUACGGAUGCAGUACAAGAAGUUUGUGAGAAAUUUAGUGUUCAAGAAAAAGAACUACACAGUGCUUUAUUAAGUGGAGACCCUCAUGAUCAACUUGCUAUUGCUUAUCAUUUAAUUGUGGAUAAUAAGAGAAUUGAAGACGAAACGGCCAAACUUGAAAUUCGAGAUUUCUAUGUAGCCUCAAGUCCUCCUCCAACACUCUUGGAUAGUCCGGCACGUCCACAUCCAGAAAGAAUGGGAGCUGGAAGGCAAAGGAUGUUGAGUGGAGGAAACAGUACUGACAAAGGAAAGGGAACGCCGAUGAAACGAGCAAAGUGGCACUUGGGUAUACGGUCUCAGAGCAAGCCAUUUGACAUAAUGAAUGAGGUAUAUAGGGCCAUGAAAGCACUGGAUUUUGAAUGGAAAAUAGUUAACCCCUUUCACGUGAAAGUAAGGAAACACAACACUGUUACAGGAAAAUAUGUAAAGAUGAGUCUACAGCUGUAUCAAGUCGAUUACAAGAGUUAUUUGCUGGAUUUCAAGUCUCUCUCUAGUACUGAAAGUCCAGAACAAAAUAAAGGUUUUGAUUCUCUUACUUCCUCAACGGAUUCGAACAGUCAGAACCAGUCUCACAACACGAUGGAAUUCUUUGAGAUGUGUGCCGCCCUAAUCACCCAACUGGCUCGCUGAAGGCAACUUUCCCGACUCUUAGCGACGGAUUUGUUUUUUAUUUGACUCUUCGGCCGGAAAGCUAACGGACAGAGCGUGGGCACCAUUCUAACAUUGGCUUGUGGCCUGAUCGUCCUUCAUGCAAAUAAUCAAAGAUGAAGAUGAUCAUCAGUACCUGAAAAUUUGUAAAAGCCGCGUCUUUGUUGCAGUAUCACCCUCAUCCAAAAAGCAAAUGUAAUCGAUCAGGGGGAAAAAAUAUCUUAACAAAAAUUAGAUGGCUUAAUCAAAUUUAAUCAGAUAUACAUUUUUUGUAUAUAGUGUAAACAUUAUGCGCGAGCUACGUGUAAUCGGAGACGUAGAUAAUUUUAUGUAUGGUACAUCGAGAAAAUAUUCAGUCUAAGAUAUUAGGAAAAAAAAUUUUUUUUUUUUUUUUUUUGUUAAAUUUGGACAAGCUUUUGUUUACAAUGUAUAUGUAUAUUGUAUUGCAUUUGAAUCACAGAAUUUAUAUGAAUAGUGAUAAAUAAACACUUAUUCAUGAUGGUUUAGCUUAGUUUCAAAUGACUUCUAUGCUCUUUGAGACCUUUCCUCCCAAUGUAUUGUUUUAUCAUAAAUGAACUAUUUAUGAUAAAACAAUACAUUGGGAUACAAUAAUUUUCCCACUAUUUUUCUUGAGCUCAGUGUUAGAGAUUAUGCUCCCAAAAAUAGUAUUAAAUAUAUAAGACACAUAUUGCAAAUAGGAAGUACGACACUUCAUAGUCACAAUGUUAAGUGAAUUUAAUUGAUGAGGUACAAGAGGAUUAACAUUCUUACACAAAGAAUGCAAUCACAGUACUUGAAGCAAAUUCUUCUGUGACAAUAUGUUCUUCCAUAUUUCAAACAAAACACUAAACUUUAUGCAUAAUUUUAAUAUAAAUGCAGAAGUGUUGAUUGUAUUUCUCCCAUAGUGUGCCUCAACCAAAAGUAUAAUAAUGUGAAUUAUUGCAAGAUAGUUUUCUAUUAAACUCAUCAGGGAGAGAUUGUGGCGCUUAGUCCUGUUUUGGCACAGAUUACGCAGGCUCCACACCUAUAAGCCUUCACACCAACCCUUCCCACCAAGAUAAAUCAGCAACAGAGAAAGACUAUGUUUGUUUUCCAGUCUGAAGAUUUUUGCAGAUAACAAGCAUUUCUGUCCAAAAAGGUAAACCUUCUAGGCUGCAAUUUUCAAAUAUUGUAGAUCUAUAUAUUCCCACUGGCAUUGAUCUGUUCUUAAUCUUGGAAAUGGAUUUAGAUAGAUGAAAGCCAAUUGGAUACGGAGAGCUUAGACCCUGAUUAACUACAUACAAUUUUAAAAUUUUCUCCCAAAUGGAGUUGGAUGACCAGCAUGACUCCACUAACAGGAAAAGUAUGGUGUACAGGGUCAAGACACUACCAAAUUGAAAGCAUUGUGACAAUGUCACAAUAAUUGCCUCUUCCUUUUUUAUAUUUGAGUUCAUGUUUAAUGGGAAAAGAAAAACAUGUUCUAUCGUAAUUGCCCA